CCAGGUUCCCUUUCUUGUAGCUUGGACCAAAGUAGAAGAGGAUCUUAAGACUGCUUGACCUUGUUCUUUUCCUGGUCGUUGAUGUGCUGUUCCUCUCUGCUGUCCUCUCUUUCCGGCCGGUCAUCACUCUGGCGGGCAAUAAGCAGUCGGCAGGUGAGCAGAAUACCAAAGACUAGAGCGUGGGCGUAACGUUUCAGGGGGUCUCCAACUAGCUGGUGGAAGAACAGGACAGCCAGCAUGACCAGCAGCAGCAAGAAGUUGGCCACAUCCUUCGGCCUGCCCGGCACAAGGCAUGUUUCGAAUGGGUUGCAGCUUUCCCUCGCUCUUGGGCUUCUCCUUGUCUUUUGGCCGAUGAACCUGGCGAAGAUCUGACUUACUGGAUCGCAUUCUGAGGUCUUUUCCUUCUCUCUUGGUUCCAGAGGCCUCUUGCUGUCCUGGGCUACACGAGUACACAGCUCUGGGUAAUCCAGACAAACAGCACGCAGCAACCAGCGAAGGCCUCGUAGAGUCUUUCUGUCCGACCAACGUCGCAGGUCCAUUAAGGCUGAACAAGGCUCCUGAGAGGGAAAGGAAAAAGCAGAUCAGCAAGAACCCCCUUGACCUCCUUUAUCCUCUGCCUGUCACUGGAGUCCACCACAAAGAUUAUCCCAUGGGCCUCUCUAUAGAGCUCCCUCCAAGUUCCUCUCGACUCUGCUGAUCCUCCCACAUCCAACAAGGCAGACGCCCAUCACUUCCGGUAUCGCCCCGUGUGUUUCUGGCUGACUUGACGCCGUUGCCAUACAUUACCAGCUCAUCAAAAAAGAUUGAAAACACGACCUGCCAGCGGCCACAUAAGUAUGCCGACACGGAGAGACCCAAACGCCCUGCAGCCAGACUGUGGAGAAAACUUCGGUGCGCUUUUAAUAAGGAACAACACGCUUUUUGAAACUUCAAACUGCAGACCUCUGAGUUUGGACGAUGAUCGUCUGGUUGAGUUUUUGUUCUGAAUGACAAAGCUGAACUUUCCCGAUCCUGCUCGCUGGCGGUGCGGUAGGAGAAGUGAUAUCACUGCGGACGUUGAGGUGGUUUCCCGUGAAUCAAACAGGGUGGUGACGCCACGUACGACGAUACAUCGGACAGUGAAACAUAAGCGUUUUGGUUGGCGAGCGAGGGGCUCGGCCGAGUCGUAAAGGCAAACACAAUGUGAAGCCAGCGAUGGUGAACUUGGUGGAAAGUUGGGAGAGACGACGCAUCAAAGGCGGCGUUUACAGAAAGUGAUGUUUUUUUGAGCACACUGCGGCAAGAAGAGUUGCAGUUUAACGUCGAAGUCGUUUCUCGCAUUCAAAGUGAACGAGAUCAUGUGCGAAGUGGCCAUGGAGGAGCAGGAGAGGGAGAUCUCGCACAUAGACCCUCAGGAGUGCCCCUCGGUGGCGGAGAACGGAGUCAUGCUGGUGGUCUGCCACAGCCGGGUCCAUCCUCCCUUCAGCGUCGUGCUGGCCACGGUGCUCUACUGCGCAGAGUUCGCCGCCGCCGCCGUGCUCUGCAGCAUGUACCACAAGACCCACGACGAAAUCUGGAUGGGCUUCACCAUCACCUUCAUGCUGCUGCCCGCUGUGCUCAUUCAGUUGGCGCUGACGUUCAUCCACAGAGACCUGGGUCGGGACCGGCCUCUGGUCCUGUUCCUGCACCUGCUGCUGCUCGGCCCUGUCAUCAGGUGUAUCGAGGCUCUGGUUGUCUAUUUCAAGGCGGGUAGAAGGGAGGAGCCUUACGUCACUAUCUCCAGGAAGUUCAGUCUGAAGAAGGGGCAGGGGAUGCCCAUGGAGUGGGAAAUCGGCCAAACGGAGCGCACCUUGGCCACUCACAGAAACGCCUUCAAACGCACCGCAGUCAUCCAGGCCUUUCUGGGCUCCACGCCUCAACUGACGCUCCAGCUGUAUGCCACCAUCCAGGAGAAAUACUUCCUCCCUGCAAGAUGUGUUCUGAUGGCUAUCACACUGAUUUCCGUCGUAUAUGGGGCCCUCGUGUGCAACGUUCUAGCCAUCCAGAUCAGAUACGAUGACUACAAGGUGCGGUUGCGCCCUGCAGCCUACCUGUGCAUGAUUGUGUGGAGAGGGUUGGAGAUUGCCACCCGGAUCACCGCUCUGGUCCUCUUCAGCACGGCGCUCACACACUGGGUGAUCCUGGUCGGCAUGGCUAACCUGCUCUUCUUCUUCUUCCUCCCCUGGGCUGAGUUCUGGGCCAGGAAAGGCUCGCUGACUAAGGACUUGGAGAAAAACUUCUCUAAGCUGGGUACCAUAGUGGUGCUAUGCAUGUUCACGUUGCUCUACGCCUGCAUCAACAUCUUCUGCUGGUCGGCGGUGCAGCUGGACCUCUCCCAUCGAGAGCUUAUUGAGAGGAAGCAGCGCUGGGACCGCCUGGCUAUCUACUACUGCGCACGCUUUCUUGAGAACUUCCUCCUCAUUACACUCUGGUACUUCUUCAAGUCGGACUUCUACGAGUAUGUGUGCGCGCCGCUGUUGGCGGUCCAGCUUCUGAUCUGCUACAGCCUGGCCGUGCUGUUCAUGCUACUCUUCUACCAGUUCUGCCACCCUUGCAGACGCCUCUUCAAGUACAACGUCCAUGACUGCCUGCACUGCGUCUGCUGCCAUAAAGGAAGGAGGGCAGCGAGAGCUGGACAACAGAACCUGCCUCCCUCGUACUCUACUGCUGCCACUAUGUUGCUGGUGCAGGAGGAGCCAAUGGAGCAGCUGGACCCCCAAAACUCAGAACCCCCUGACCUUGCCACUCAGCUGGGAGAGCGGGAGACGGCUAUUAUUGAAGACAUGAUGGAGGCAGCCUGAGAAGGGCUUUAUGGGGAAUUAAAUGAAGUUCUCUAAUGUAUAAAUGCCUCCCAAGUGGCGCUGCAGCGUGCACUACUGAAUGAGACCUCCGGUCCUUGAACACAAAAUCCAGAAUGAGUUUGUGUUUUUUGGUUGGUGAGGUGAUGUGUUGGAGAACAAACGUUUCCCUUUUUCUCUUAAGUGCGCAAAACUUUACUGAUUCAUGGUUCUGUGAGGGUUUUCGGUUAACUCCUGAUGUUAUUAUCAGGGAUGGUUAUGCACACUUAGCGCACCACAAGGCUCCAGUAUACCAAAGAAUGUAGCAUUUUGAGAUAUGCGGCUAUGCACAAAGGCCGCCUUGAGAAAGCAGCAGUGGGUCAUUCACAGGACGGAGCCAGGUGUGCGGGAAACUUGCCAAGUGUGUUCUAAGUCCCCGAAAGACUGAGCGGUACACCUCCAGUUUACUUCCUCUCAGGGUUUUCACGUCGUGAACGCCCCCUUUUGCACUAAACAGACUUUUUUUUUAUAUAAAGCAGAAGGGCAAGAAAAGAAGAAGAAGAAUUUAUCUUUUGUCAUAACUAACUGCAUAAACCUGCUGUGAUGAAUGCCUUGUGUUCACUGUCCCAUCUGGAUGCCUUGAUUAAAAACAAACAGGUUUUAAUUCUGCAAAAGAAAUGUGAGGAAAUAUCUGAGAAGUUUGUGAAAAUAUUAAAUUGUAAAAUCCUUUUAGGGAACAUCAGGUGUGUGUCUUUUAAAAUUAACCUUACCGUUGAUGCAUUAACAAGACUGACAUCAAAUGAGCUUCUGCUUUAUUGAAGUACCUUCACAGUUUGCUUAUUUUUUUUGUUGUUUUACUGUUUUACUUGAAGAAGAAAUAAAUGAAUAAAUACUCUGAUCACUACA